AUGGAAGAAAAUGAUGUGCCUCAUCAGUCUAUCUCAGUCGGGAGGCAAGAAAUUCGAAAGAGAAGGCGAACCGUCCAACCAAUGGUAGACAAAUCCCAGCAGACUGAAGGGACAGAGAAAAAGAAACACCAGGCUGUAUCCCARUCGACUGUCCCCAAGGCUAUCUUUAGUAUUGGUAAUAUUCCUGGAAGCAAUGGCCGCUACUCUGCCAAAGAAUAUGAGCRUUUUCGAGUAUCUUCUCAACUUCAGCAAACUUGGGCAAAGAAAAAGCAUGGRCAGAAAAUGACUGAUGAAUCUCUCCAGACAGAAACCUCUGUGGAAAAGAAAAAAGUCAAGUCAUCUGAUAGACCAGUGGGGCCUAAAAAGAAGCCAGCUGGUGUUGGAAAAGCAGGUCCUGAAUUGCCUGAGGGUGUCCAGGGAGUAGAAAUUAUACCAAGCCAAUACUCAAUUCAAUUUAAAAUAGACCGAUCUCAGCAGACCAUUUAUACUGGGGACCUGUCUGUGAUGAGCUUGCCCCAGGUAGAAAAAGUGGACAAAGAACAGCAGACGUACUUUGCUGAAUCAAAAAUACUGAUUAUUUCCGAGGCAGGUAGCUCUUUUACAAAUUCAAAGGAAAGUAUCCACAUAUAUAAAUCCUUAAAAAAGAUUUUUGUUAGUGACAGUCCUGAAUUUCAACCAGCAAUAAGUAGCCAUGGGAAAAAAAGGCAGAAAAAUAUCAACAGAGAUUCAUUCACUCAGGAAACCCCAAAAGAUACUCCAUUAUUUUUAGCAGAUGAGUCUAGGAAAGAGGGUUCAGUUGUUAAAAAAGAUGCUGCUGUUGAAACAGAGUAUCUACCAACAGAAGAAUUUCCUGCUGAAGGGGCCCUAGCUGAAGUAGAGCCCAGGCUUGCUGGAGAGACCCCUACUGAAGUACAACCUACAGUUGAAAAGACCCUUGUAUCUGAUAAAAUGACUUCAACUACAGAGAUUGCAGUGUCCCCUUCUCUAGAUGAAGGAUCUCCUUCUCUAGAGUCUCUGGCUAAAAUUCAGCCUCCACUGGUGCAAGAGGCUCUUUCAGAAGAUCAUUUGGGUCCAGGAGAGUCCUCACUAGCUGGAGYAGAUCCUUCCGAAGAGCUUCCUACUGAAAUUCAGUUUCCACUGGUAGAAGAGACUCCUGCUGAAGUUCAACCUACAGUACCUGAAGAUGAGUUUGGUGAAGCUCCAGCUGAAGUACAGUCUGCAGAACAGGCUCCUGCUCCAGUUCAGCCUCCAUCAGUUGUAGAGGCUCCUACAGAAGCGAUCCUAGAACCUGAACUUGCAACAAGUAAGGAAGCCCCGAAACAAAAGCCCUCUGCUAAAGCUCAUUCUCGAACAGCUAAGAAGUCUCCUGUAGAAAAGCACUCUCCCAAAGUUCAGCCUCUCACUGAUGAGGGAGGCUUGGUAGAAGAGUUCCCGGCUGCAGUUCAGCCCCCACCAAAUGAAGAAGCUCCUGUGGAAAUUCAGUCUCCAUCAUUUGAGGAGUGUCCUAUAGAAGAGGCUCCUGCUGAAGCUCAGCCUCCACCAGCUGAGGAGUCCCCUCUCAAAGAAGACUUGUCUCUAGAUCAGUCUCCACCAGCUAAGGAGACCGUUUCAAAAGAGGCCCAGACUGAUAUUCAGUCUCCGUCAGAUGGGGAGGCCUUUCCAGAWGAGGUCCUGGCUCAAGUUCAGUCUCUACUAGCUGAAGAGGCCAUGCUUCAGUUUCACAGUCCACCAGUUGAGGAGUUCUUUCCAGAAGAAAUCCAGCUUCGAAUUCAGCCUUUAUUAGCUGAGCAAGUCCCUGCGGAAGAUGACCCCGGUGACCAACAUCUUUCAGUAACGGAUGUGGUUCCUACUGAAGAGUUUCCUGGACARGAGAUGAUUGCUGAAGUUCCACCUCCAUCGUCUGAACCAACUCCUGCAAAUGGGGAUAUAGCAGGUGUCUCAGAGUCAGCUGUUUUAGAAGACAAUAAAACAUUUGAAGAAAGUGUUCCUGUUCCUGAAGAUUUGUCUAUUGUCAAAGAGGAACAGGUUCCCAGUAUUGAAAUAAAACAUACCAUUAAUAUAGAAUUAAAAGACUACUCUUGA